AUGAGUGGGUUAACUAGUUCACUCAAUACAGAGCUCUUAGCUCUCGCUGGCGAAUCUAAACGUAGAAAUCCAGAAAUCAAAGAAGCUGCAGAAAGAUCGGUCAAAAUUUUGAAAACGCUCAAGCAAGGGGUUGAUUUACCGCAAGAACUAGCAAAAAACGCUGAUUUUUUGCGUCCAUUUCUGCUUGCUUGCGAAACAAAACAUGUUAAAUUGAUCACUAUAUCUAUAGGUUGUCUUCAUAAAUUAAUAUCCCAUCGCGCUGUUCCUGAGUCUUCUGUAAAAACAAUUCUCAAGACCCUUAAUGACGUUUUAUCGCAAAGCGUUGAAAUUCAGCUCAAGAUUUUGCAGACCAUCCCUCCAUUGUUGAGUAAUUAUAAAGCGUUGCACGGAGACCUUCUGGCUGAGGCUUUACUAAUUUGUUUUCGACUCCAAGAUUCAAAAGUUUUGGUUGUCAAUAACACUGCUGCUGCUACCCUGCGCCAAUUGGUGAUCAAUAUUUUUGAAAAAGUUCAAGAGGAAGAUGAAAUAAACGAUAAAAAUGGAUCAAUACAACCCACAUCUACUGUAAUAUCUAUUAAGGGAAAAGGCAACAUUCCACUUCGCCCUUGUGCUAGAGAUGCUUAUAAUCUCUUUCAAGAUCUAUGCUUAUUGACUAAUUCUGAGCAACCAAUGUUUCUUAGAUUACAUAGCUUAUCAAAGACAUUUGGCUUGGAAUUGAUAGAGUCUAACCUCGAACCUGACAAUGUACCUUGGCAGCGAGUUAUUUCAAUGGAAAUAUUUCGCGGAAUUUGUUGUGAUAGUGCACUUUUGCGUUCAGUUUACCGCUGGUAUGAUGGACAAGGACAUUCCGCUAAUGUAUUUAGAGAUAUGCUAAAUGCUUUUGGCAGAUUGGCUACAGAGAAGCCUACGCUAAUUGGACAUUUGUAUCAAGGUAGAGAAAGCAUGGAUAUGUCAGGAAUGGCUGGUGUGGUAAUGGGAGGAGUUGGACAAGGUGAUUCUCACGGGCUUAGUAUUGUAACUUCUGUAAUGAAAAUCCAAUGUAUUGAUCAAUUAGAUAAAGCUGACCCACCACAAAUACCGGAAACAUAUCUUUAUUAUCUUGCUUUUGUAUGCCUUAAUUCUAUUGCUGAUGGUCUACACAAUUUUGUCUCGUCAAUUUUUGCCGACGCUAUACAAAAACAGCAGCACGAUGAAUCGCAGAAAAUUUCCACUACACAGCAGCAAUCGAUAUUUGGAAAUACCACACUACAACAACUCAAAUCACAUCCAGAAUAUGAAGAAGUUUUGCUCGUUGCAGAAAUGGCAAAUACUGCAUGGCCUGGGUUACUUGCGGCACAAUCAUUUUUCCUUACAGCGAAUAUUGACGAAGAGCUGUUUCAAGGUGUUUUACGCGCGUAUCAAAACUUUACCAUUGUAUGUGGUGUGCUUCGGCUUUCUACGCCAUGCGAUGCCUUUUUGACGAGCCUAUGCAAAGGUGCCGUUCCUCCUAGUGUAAUUGCUGCAUAUGUGGCAGAAAGCAAAGCAGCUCAUAAUAGUGGGAGUGCAACUGGUUCCAGUUAUGAUGGUACGGUAAUGGUCACAUUAUCUGAUAGAAAUUUAUCUUGUCUCAAAAUAUUAUUGAACAUUGCACAGUAUCUUGGUGGUGUCUUGGAUGAUUCUUGGUAUUUGGUGCUGGAAACGUUACAAUUAGCAGACUUUAUAAUAUUUCCUAAGCAUGCCAGAGGUGGAUCUAGAGCUCCCCGUAAAGUUAAUUCCUCAACAUCAUCUUUGUCUUCUCCACAAACUGCUGGCAGUAGUUCAUCAUCACUCGCUCAAUCUGUGUCAACUGCUCCAGUAAAAAGACCUUAUUCAGGGAUUAUGAAUUUUUCCAUUCAAACUCCUGUACAGUCUUCUCAAUCUGGGUCAUCUGCGGCUAAUUCAGUCCCUCAACAAACGGCUAUGGAAAAUGAUUUAAAUAUCUUGCUGAUACAAAUAAAAAAAUUAUUUGACAACUGCAAACUUCUUGAUGAUUCUGCUAUACAAUUUUUCACUAGAGCAUUAUGCAAGUUAAAUGCUUACACCUACGGUAUUCCCUUAGCUAGUGAACUUUCCGAAAAUGGUCAUGGAGCAACGUUGGUAGAAGGUAAAACGCCAAAAUCUUCUCCAUUAAGUAAUCUGCGCGGGAAUAAAACGGAUGAGAAGUCCUUUGCUAUUGACAAGUUGCGUUCCGUUUCACUCUCAAAUAUACAUCGCCUUAUCGCACGAGAACCUACACUUAUUUGGGAUCUAAUUGUUUCUAAUUUAAUAACAACUGCAAAUUAUAUAUCGACUCCGCAACAAGUUCGUAUGCAAGCUUGUGAAGCCUUGUCAGAUAUUAUUAUUACAUCUAUGAGUUACACAAGUUCAGCGCAAAUGGGAAGUGAUGAACGUAUUCAAAUGCAAUUGCUUACUUCAUUGAGUCAUUUAGUGAAUGAUCCAGAAAGAGCAUCUAGAGGUUAUAGUAAAGGAUUUUAUGUAGAAGUUCAAAAAAUGGGAUUGGAAACCCUGAACAAAUUAUUACAAACAUCUGGACAUUCGUUUGCGUUCGGGUGGGGUAUGAUUUUUGAUAUGAUAAAAAGUGUAUGCGCAAUAAAUGUUUCCGGUGAAAUAGGAGACGAUGAAGGUGAUGCUGUAAGUGUGGAAAAUGUUGGUAUAAUUGAUGGAUCAUUCGGUGUAUCCAACUCUAAAUCUUCUGGAUUGGUUCGUGUAGCAUUUCCCUCCUUACAAUUAAUAUGCACGGAUUUCUUAUCAUUAUUAUCUCCUGAAUGGUUAAAACAAUGCAUUAAUACGCUGGGAGCAUAUGGCCUGCAAAUGGACGAUUUGAAUAUUAGUUUAUCAGCCAUUGGGCUUUUAUGGAAUGUCUCUGAUUUUAUACAAACUAAACGCGCGGAUCUUGAAAAUGCUUCUAAGAAGCACAACGAAGAUGACGAAGAUGUCAAUGCCAUAACAAAAAAUGCAGUUAUUGAGCAAGAAAUCGAACGAAUCAUCAAAGGUGAUUUGACAUCCCAUACUAUGAAUGCACUUUGGAUGUUAUUAUUGAUACAACUUUCGAGAAUCUGUUCUGAUUCUCGUCCGGAAGUCCGUAAUGGAGCCAAUCAAACUUUAUUCCGCACCAUUGACAUGAACGGUUCAGUUCUAGACAUUCAAACUUGGCAUACGUGUAUUUGGCAGGAAUUUAAUAGUUUUAUGGUUCAUCAUUCGAGGAAUACCGUUGACAAGCAAUGGGAUGAAACUAAGGUAUUGGUUUUGACUGGAAUGUCCGGAAUAUUUAAAAACUUUGUACCAAUAUUAGUAGAUUUAGAUGAUUUUAAACAAGUGUGGGGAUUGUUUCUUUCACAUUUGCAAGAUUAUUGUUUACAUUCUAGUAAUGAAGUUGCGAUUGCUGCUGUUAAAUCUUAUCACACAAUUAUUCAAUUUCCUAAAGAUGAGUCUCAUACUGAUCAAUUAAAGAAGAGGAUUUUACCACAUUGGCAAACAGCAUGGAUUGUUUGGGAAACAAUAGGUUUGGGCAUUAUAACGAUGUCAGACAGAAGAACUCAUGAUGUUGAUAUGGAUAAUGGAAGUUUAUUAUUGUCUGAAACGUUAGAAUCACCUGUCUCAUCGCAGUUUACCCAAGAUACUCUCACUGCCUAUGUUAUUGCUUUUGGAGAUCUUUAUAAUGUUAUUAAUCUUGAUUUUGGGAUUGACGAAAUUAAAAGAUUUUUGAAGGUUAUUUAUGGAGUAUUGACCUAUCCGAAUAGUCCGUCGUAUAGACCAGAUUAUGAUUAUCUCACUCCUUUACAAGAAGCUGUAUUGAAUGUUGUAGGACAAAUUGACUUAGAUGUAUCGGGCGCUCCCGCAGUAGUUUUAAGUGAUUUUGCAGAUUAUAUUACUUUGGCUUUCACAAAUCAAUAUCGGAUUGAAGAAGCAUCUGAAAUUCCAAAGAACAAAAAAGAACAAAUAUCCACAAAGGGUGUUAAAGUAUCAAAUAAAGAAAGCGUAUCAUCUAAAAAAUCCCCAACAGUUACCUAUAUUGUUUUUUCAAAGACUGCUAUGCGUACAGUAAAUGAUUUGUUUAAAAAGUUUGUGAAAGAUCAAGGAGUUUACGCGGAAGGUGUUUUUAAGAAAAUAAUUUGGGCAUACGGUAUACCUAUGAAAAUGAAAUAUGACUGUCCACCAUCUGGAAAGCACGUAACCGACAUCGAACUUUGGAAAAUCGCUGCUAACGCGUUUUUAGAUGUUGUAAAAGAAGGUUUGAUUGCAUUAGAAAGUUUUGGCGAAGCCAUUUCAGAUGAAUGCUUCGUAGAUGUAUGGAAACAAUUAUCUAGCGUUCUUCAUGGCGCGCUAAUAACUGUCGGAAAACCUCCUCCUACUAUAAAUUUAGAGCAGCAAGACACAAAUGAAGCAUUCGACAUGAAAUUUCUCUUUAACCUUCAGACAGAUGUGAUAAUUCAUAUGGGUUGCCCUCGUGUCCCACAAACUCUUAUACGUGAGAUUGUUGAAACACUGCGAGAGGGGUCACAAUUAUAUUCCACUGAUAUUGAAAGACAAGAAGCAGCUAACGGACAUCUAAAUAAAAUUUCGACAACGUCCAACAUUGAGAGAACAGCACAUGCCAAACAAUUAGAAAAGGUUGAAGGAGUAACAGCAACAAUAAUCCCAGUAGCACGAGAACGGUUUGCGUAUGCUUCUUUGCAAUGUUUGUUCGAUCUAUGUUCUGCUGAAUACGAAGAUAACUUUUCGGUACGGCAGCGGAUAGCAGAAGUUGCCGCCCCCAUUUUAUUAGAGCGAUGUGCGUCAGUAAUCCGAAAUUAUACAGCUGAUCAACCCUUAUCGGGCAAAUUUCCGUUCCCAAGCCUUUCUUCCAGGGUACGGAAUGAUGAAAUACUGUUAAUCUUACAACAACUAGUCAAGUUACGGUUUCGAAAAAAUAUUAUACGUUUUGAGGAAGAAGAAUCAGCUAAUCCUAUAACAAAACAAAUUUUAUCUGGACCAAUUGCGCAUUUAUUUUAUUUAUAUCCGGUGAUAUGUGAUGCUAUUUCUUUACCGGAUGAAAAUAUUUUGACCUUUUUGAAAGAAUGCUUAAAAAAGGUUGGAGAAGAACUAGGUGUAUAUUAG